AUGCUGCACAUGUCCGAUCUCUCGCCAUCCCCAGAGCGCCACACAUCGCGCCAAAUCGAAACGCCGCCGUCGCGCCGCGGCGUGACGUUCACAACCGAGACCACGUACACGUUUCACGUGGCACACGGAGGCAGCGCCGUACCGAAUAGGUCAGGGCCUCCCAUCGGACUCGCCAAGUCGCACUUCCAUGUCGCGUGUGCCGCCAUUCGCCCUGACCGCCGACGUCAUCGCCGUGCCGUGCAAAAGUUCGAUCCCUCGGAACGCGUCGCACUUCUCAAAGCCGCCGCGUACCACGAGUCUGAGAUUGCUGCGUUUUGCGUGGAUGCGUUCGCUGUGCGAAAGUCGCGCCAAGAUGACGCGAUAGACUUCAUGGAAGAGCGUACGCGGCAGAAGAAACGCCGAGCCGUGCGCAUGCUUGUCAAGAUCAGUGGCGAGGUCAGCGACCAAGGAAGUACCGACGACAUGGGUAGUACCUCCAAACGACAAUGUGUGGCUGUACAAGGCUGCUAG